AUGAGAAAAUACAAUCUGUCUGAACUCCUUAGUUACACUGCGGACGUGAUCGUUGGGCAGAGGAAAGCUCUCGAUGUCAAGUCUGCACAACCUGUCGGACCCAAGGACGAUCUUUCUAGUUUCAGUCAACUCAUUCAGUUGUCGUUGUUCAUGCUCGUUGCCCUCCUGCUGGCGGAAUAUAUUGGCAAGCUCGUUGGCUCUAUGGCAGGUCUUAAGAGGGGAAAGCUGAAACGAUUUGCUUCUACUUUUUCUGAGCUGGUUUAUUACACAUUCUCAGUGUUCUGUCUCUCAAAGAUCUGUUGGAGCAGCAAGUGGUUUUGGCCGUCUGGCUGGUCGGAGGUCAUGUACGACGGACGGGUGCAGAACAUCCCUGAUUUGGAGGCAUACACAGUACCUGCGGAUCUCAAGUGCUUCUAUCUCUUUGAGACUUCAUAUUAUUUCAGCAGCUUCAUGUUGUUGCUCGUGAGGAAGAAGAAGAAGGACUUCUUGCAGAUGGCCUUCCAUCACAUCGUCACAUCUUUGCUUCUUCUCCUGUCGUACAGCACUGGUUACAUCAGGAUUGGUGCCGUGGUUAUGAUCCUCCACAAUGUUUUUGAUCCAUUCAUGCUUGUUGCCAAGUGCACGCAUUACAUGAAUGUUCCACUGGUCCCUGACAUCGCCUUCGCAUGCUGUACCAUCACGUUUGCCGUGUCAAGGUUGUAUUACUAUCCCCUUUCAAUCUACUUUGCUUGGAUCGGGGUCUGUACGGGGAAUACAACCUGUCCUGGAGGAGUGUGGGACAAGACCCCAGUGGAGUUUUCUUUGAUUGGUCUCUUGGCGGCGCUGUUGCCUGUGCACUUGAUCUGGUUCAAGAUGAUUUUGAAAGUGCUGCAAAGUGCGCUGCUGCAGGCGGGAGUAAAAGGAGAUGUGAGGAGUGAUUCGGAGGACGAGGACGAGCCAGCGCACAGCAAAGAGCACACCAAGGUCAAGAAGCGGCAAUGA